UCCGCCUGCGGCCGCGGGCCACCCACGUGGUCGUGUUUGCCGCUGUGAAGCGGCGGGGCUGCUGGGAAGGGGAGAAGGACCAGCGACUCCACGGACGCCCGCGGUGGGUGAGGGCUCCGCAGACGGGUUUGAUGGUGAAGACCGGAGCCUGUCGCCGAGAAAGACUCAGGGCCGGGACGCCUCUGCCCCAGCGUGCGGAGCCGCUUCCCGGAGGAGCCCCAUGGAGAAGCCGUCCCCCAGGAGAGGCCCGGGCCUCUGCUCCCUGCGCUACGGGCUGGCCGUGGUCAUGCACCUCUCCAACCUCAGCAUGAUCACCCAGCGGGUGGGCCUCAGCAUCGCCAUCAUCGCCAUGGUCAACGGCACGCAGCAGCCCGCCCCGGCCAACGCCUCCGCGGACCGCGCUCCCGCCGGCCCCCUGCAGCCCCCCCGCGGGCCCCCCGGGGAACUCCACGCAGGGACCUCCGUGUACGCGUGGAGCCCCGAGACCCAGGGCAUCCUCUUCAGCUCCAUCAGCUACGGGAUUCUGCUGACCCUGAUCCCCAGCGGGUACCUGGCGGGGAUCCUGGGCGCCAAGCACAUGCUGGGCGCCGGGCUGCUGGCCUCCUCCCUGCUCAGCCUCUGCACGCCGCUGGCCGCUGACCUGGGCGUGAGCUUGGUGAUCGUGAUCCGCGUCGCCCAGGGCAUGGCCCAGGGCAUGGCGUGGACAGGCCAGUUCACCAUCUGGGCCAAGUGGGCGCCCCCGCUGGAGCGCAGCAAGCUCACCAGCAUCGCGGGCUCCGGGGCCGCGCUGGGGUCCUCCCUCAUCCUCUGCGUCGGGGGGCUCAUCUCACAGGCCUUGGGCUGGCCCUUCAUCUUCUACAUCUUCGGCGGCGUGGGCUGCGUGUGCUGUCUGCUCUGGUUCACCGUGAUUUACGACGACCCCACGCAUCACCCGUGCAUCAGCCUCCGCGAGCAGGAGCACAUCGUGUCCUCGCUGGCUCAGCAGCCCACGUCCCCCAGGCGCUCCGUCCCGCUCAAGGCCAUGGCCCGCUGCCUGCCCCUGUGGGCCAUCUUCUCGGGGUUCUUCAGCCACUUCUGGCUGUGCACCGUCCUCGUCACCUACCUGCCCACCUACGUCAGCUCCGUGCUGCGCGUCAGCAUCAGGGAGAGCGGGGUCCUGUCCUCCCUGCCCUUCGUGGCUGCCUCCACGUGCACGGUCCUGGCGGGCCAGCUGGCGGACUUCCUUCUGUCCAGGAACCUCCUGAGGCUCGUCACCGUCCGGAAGCUCUUCUCGGCCCUGGGCCUCCUGCUCCCGUCGCUCUGCGCCCUGGCCCUGCCCUUCGUGGCUUCCAGUUACGUGACCACCGUGGCUCUGCUGAUCCUCAUUCCCGGGACCAGCAACCUGUGCGACGUGGGGUUCAUCAUCAACACCCUGGACGUGGCCCCCAGGUACGCCAGCUUCCUCAUGGGCAUCUCCCGGGGAUUCGGGCUGCUGGCGGGCAUCAUCUCCUCCACGGCCACCGGCUUCCUCAUCAGCCAGGACCCGGCGUCCGGGUGGCGGAACGUCUUCUUCCUGGCUGCCGCCGUCAACGUGCUGGGCCUGGCGUUCUACCUCACGUUCGGGCGGGCGGAGAUCCAGGACUGGGCCAAGGAGAGGGCCCUCACGCGCCUCUGAGGGCCCGGGCCAACACCGCCAGUGCUUCUCGGCGCCCUCUCACUCGUCUGCACUCUGCACGUCCUUCGCGGCGACGCCCGAGGCCACACCUCCGAGUGGGAGCCAGGUUUUCCCGGAGCCUCUGCUGUGUGGGCGCUGCUCCCAUGAGCCCGAACGCAUGGGAAGGGGGGGAGUGGAGAGAGUGCACCCCGACAUCAGCGAGUCUUCAACACUCCCCGGGGGCUCCCCAUCCCAGCCAGGCCGACAACAGCUGGACACGCUUGAAACGCCGAUUCCCAUGCCUUUGUUUUUUAUUUUUUGUAAUGGUUUGUGUUUUUUUUUUAUUGAUGUCAGAGAGGAAGGGAGAAGGAGGGAGAGAAACAUCAGUGAUGAGAGAGCAUCACG